GAUCGUCCGUAGUUUCGCGCGAUUCUCGCUUGGCGAAGCUCGUUCGCCGAACCCAUCCUCCCUAGUUCCGCAAUCAUUCUCUAAAUAUCAAAUUUACAUUUGUAAAGUUACAUUUUGUUCGAGCGAUUUUUCUCGUCGAAGUAAUUUUUGUUAACGUCAACGGCGGCAUAAACCGCCGUUGAAAAAAGUGUGAAAUAGCAGCAACGAAAACGGGAAAAAACAAGAGACGCGCAAUGCGGUAAAAACGAAAAACACUGUUAUUUUAAACACGACGAUACUCUCCAACAUUGGAAACAAUGUAAAUUUGGGCUAGUUUGGCGAAGUUAAAUAAUUUGCUUAGCAAUUUGCCAAACUCAAUUGGGAAUAAAUUUCAAGUGAUCUAUGUUUGAAAAUAAAUUAUUUAACCCGUUAUUAACGAUGCAGUAAAUAGCGAAAUAUACCGUGUACUUACAUUGAAAAUUCAACGGCCAUACAUUGUACUGAUGAAAGAGGAAAAAGUUAGUUCAAUGUUUGAUGCGUCGGAUCGGACCGACGAGAAUCGAAAAACACUCGGAGAGAGAGUUCGCGAAUAGAAAUCGAGAAUCCAGGCGAGGCACGGGCAAGAUUCCCGGUGUGGAAUGGAAAUCAAAAGAAACGAGCCUCGACCGGACGAACUCGAGGAAAAUCCGUUUCUCUGGACGAUCUGUAAAACGGGUGUCCCUCGAAUAUUGGCCACGAGUCUGUUCGCUGUUGGUCGAUACUGUGCGGACCAAUUGCCAAAGAAAAUGGGCCUGGGCAGCCUUCGGAUCCUGGCCGCGUUCCUAGUUAUUGUAAUGCCCCGAUCGCUCACUUACAUUCUCCUGUAUCCGAUUUUCAGAUUAGUGUUUGGCAAUUUGUACCCGGCCUACGCUUCGUACAAGGCAGUGAGAACGAAGAAUGUGAAAGAAUACGUGAAAUGGAUGAUGUAUUGGAUCGUGUUCGCGCUGUUCACGUGCGCGGAAACAUUCACCGACGUCUUCUUCAGCUUUUGGUUCCCGUUUUACUAUGAAAUCAAGACUAUCCUGGUGAUCUGGCUGUUGAGCCCAGCCACCAAAGGCUCGAGCAUUCUCUACAGACGCUUCGUUCACCCGGCUUUGAUCCGGCGCGAGGCUGAGAUCGACGAUGCCUUAGCACGCGCGACGGAGCAAGGUUACUCGGCAGUGUUGCACCUCGGAUCGAAAGGUGUGAAUUAUGCUACCACGGUUCUCAUGCAAACCGCUAUCAAGCAUAUUCUGAAGUCAGACCAAAUCAUGGUGACUGAGCUAUCAACGAUCCAAUCGGCCUCGGCCGUUUCUAGCUUGGCCAAGCUUCCAACGACCUCGAAGGAAAAGACGGACCAGAUAGACGCCAUCCAGAAACCAAGCACCCCGUCGCACUUAAGCAGUAGCUCCGAUGACUUGAUCCCUGUCGAUUCGAUGCCCAACACGAGCAACGAUAUGAACACGGACGACGAGCUGGUCGAAAUUGAUCCUGUAGCAGAAGGGAACUUUUUCAAGGUGCCAACGCCGAAGAAAACGCACAAGGCGCGGAAAACCAGAAAAGGGCGAGCCGAAGGCAACUCGAGGCGACUCAGGUCACACGCUCGCGACACUGACUCCAUGUUCAGCGACGAUGAGUUGGACCAGCAGUAUGCAUCCACCAUGACAGAAUACUGACACACAGUGUCGUUCUGUGAAUCGGUGGAAAGCAACGAUUCAACGUAGUCUCGGAGAAUCGCGAGAAUAAUCCUCGACAGGCUUUCGUCGAAAUGGAUUGCAAGUUACCGAUUUAAGAUUAACAUAGCGUUUUUACAUUUAUAGAGAUUCGAGUGGAAUGGGUUUUAGGGAAAUUAUGCGUGUGUUUAUUGAAAAUCUUAGAGUAAUUUUUCAUUUUUUUUUCUUUCUCUCUCUCUCUCUCUUUCUCUCUCUCUCUCUCUCUCUCUCUCUCUCUCUCUCUCUCUCUCUCUCUCUCUCUCUCUCUGUUUUAGAGUCGAGUUAAUCCUGAAGAAGGUAUUCGUUAAGACGAAUUAUGGAUGGAAUGGUCGGAAAGACAAAGAUAAAAAGGAAUUUGGUCAUUUUGAUGAGAGGGGAGUUUUUGAAAUUUUACUCCCAUGAAAUUAUUUGUUACGUCUACACGUGCGUUACGAUACUAUAUACAAUGAUAAAGAUGUCUUUUUAUUCGAUAUAUACCAGAGGCCUUUAGCAUAAUGUAUCUCAGCUGCGAAACGUUUAACGUUUAGACGAACAUUAAGAAACUAUUAUUGCGUGCCACCUUUCUGCGAAUUCUGCGACUUAUAUCGUUUAUUAUACCAAUUAGCAUUAAGAGUAAUCUAUCGUGAUCGAAUCGCGAAUCGUGAUAAUUUUAGUAAGUCGGGAGAACUGGUGCCUUACGAUAGAUGACGAUAUGAGAUUUCGUCGAUUACGACAAUCCAAGAAAUUUUCGUCUAUUGUUGCAAACUGAUAAACUAUUCUCAACAAAUAAAUAUAUCAAAUAACCAUGUUGAAUCCUUUUUCACGAACAAGCCGUCGAAUAAUCGGAGUAUCGAUCGAAUACAUGAUAUUUCGUUUCUAUCAACUAGACUUGUAUCAAAAAGACAGAGUUUAAGACUGUACCGCGGCCGAGGUAUGUAACAGGAAGAAUUCGACGAUCACUGGCAAUUUUGUAUAUGCAGUUUGCACGAACACUUGUUAUCUGGAUCGCACGAUUUGCUUACGAAGUAAUCGAAGUACUGUACUUUUUGCUGGCACGUAAUCACCGACGAACAUCAGGUAGUGCUUAAGGAGGCAUCGAUCACAGAGCGUGUCGUUCCUUGCUGUAGUUCCCAUAGUUGUAACUGUUGUUAAAUCUCAUACAUAUAUCAGAUUGAUGUAAAUGUGAUGGAAAGUAAUUGCAUAGGAUACACAUCCUCGUUACUUGUACACCAACCGAACAUCUCCAAGCAUAUUAGAACCGUCGAGAAUCUAAGAAAGCUACAGCAAUACGAGGAUUUGCCAUUGAAACGCUUAGAAAGUAAGACUUUUAUAUCCCAAAGAUUUUACUCAACGAUGCUACUAUUGAUAUGUUUCAUUUCAUUCUAUUUUUUUUUUAUUCCCAUUUUUUUUCGAAUAAAUAUAUUCCAUGGAUAAGGA